AUGGCAGCUCGAACACUGGAGUCCCAAUUUGGGCGUUUGUCCGUCAAUGAUGAGAAUGAUUAUCAAAAACCCAAGACUAUUGGGAGUACAACACAAACAGCACAUAGUUCGAGCCGUCCAAACCUCUUUAAGGUCGCUCUUCAAGCGCAGAGUGCAAAUACCGUUACUACAGUCACUCUCCCAUCACAGGCUGCACAACGUAAUAAAGGUGCACCACCUCCCUCACCUACUAGAAAACCACUUCCCACUGUCAGUACGGUAUCAAAGGCAUCGUCCGAUGAAAAAGAACUGGUUGAGCGGAAGUCGGCGUCUCUCCUUGAUCAGCCAUUUCUACCAAAAGAGUUCCAUCUUGGCAUGUUUGAGAUUGGGAAGCCAUUAGGGAAAGGUAAAUUUGGAAGAGUUUAUCUAGCGCGAGAGCGGACGAGCGGCUAUAUCUGUGCCUUGAAGGUCCUUCACAAGAAAGAGCUAGAGCAGGGUCGGGUUGAGAAGCAGGUGCGGCGAGAAAUCGAAAUCCAGAGCAAUUUGAGGCAUCCCAACAUCUUACAGCUGUUUGGUCACUUUCACGACAGCAAGCGGGUCUUCUUGAUUCUGGAGUUUGCGGGUAAGGGCGAGCUGUAUAAGCACCUUAGGAGGGAGCAGCGAUUCCCCGAGUGGAAGGCUUCGCAGUACAUCGCCCAGAUGGCGAGCGCCCUGAGAUACUUGCACCGCAAGCAUGUCAUCCAUCGGGACAUCAAGCCGGAGAACAUUCUUAUGGGGAUUCACGGCGAGAUCAAGAUCUCCGAUUUUGGCUGGAGCGUACAUGCGCCGAAUAGUCGUCGCCAGACCAUGUGUGGUACUCUUGAUUACCUCCCGCCCGAGAUGAUCAAGCCUGGCAGCUCGGAUAACUACUACGACGAGAAGGUGGACCUAUGGAGUUUAGGUGUGUUGACGUACGAGUUUCUGGUGGGAGAAGCACCGUUCGAGGACACACCAGUCAUGACGCAAAGGAGAAUUGCGAAGGCAGACAUGACUAUCCCCUCGUUUGUUAGCCCUGAGGCAAGGGAUCUUAUCAAGAAGCUACUGGUUCUUGACCCUCAAAAAAGGAUACCGUUGGAACAGGUCCAGACGCACCCAUGGAUUGUCAAGCACUGCAUUAGGGGAGAGCGCGCCUCAAACAGGGAAAAGAAGGAUCGUUCUAGCGAAAAAUGA